AUGUCGUCCCGCGAAUCUAACCCCAAUGUCGCCGUUGUCGCUGGUCCGACGCUCAUCCUCUGCCCAUCCGGGCUCAUUGACACCUGGCUCGCGGAGAUUUAUGCCCGAUUUGGCGAUGCGAUUACGGUUUUGCUCUUUGACGGCCACACGGCGCACACGGGCGACUUUCGGCGGAAGGGUCUCACCAUCAACACGACUGCGGACCAGACCAACCACGACUUGAAAGCAACCAAAGAGACGGCCGCUUGGAAAUCUGCCAUCUGCCUUCCAGAGCAUCAGUGGCCCUAA